AUGUCUGGCGGGUUCUUCGGAUUCGACGCCUCUCUACCUGAACGAAGGGAUCAACCUGGUAGCGUCCAAGGUCAAGGUCAUCGCGCAGGAGGAGGAGGAGGAGCCGGUGGAUUCACAGGUUUCCAAGCUUCGAACACUGCAGAUACAUUCAGACUUCACAACGCAGGUGCAGAGGAGGAUCUUGCAGUAUAUCAAUGGGGUGACAAUAUCGGAGGCAGCCUCUUAGAAGGUGGAGAUGAGAUGAAUGACGAGACAUUUGGAGAUGUCGGAGCUGUAGGAAACGACUUUCAAUUCUCUUCAUAUACAGCUGCUCCUUCGACAAAACCUGCCAAGAUUGCGUCUACUCAAUCGAGAUACGGUCCCAAAAAGGCCUAUGAUCCAUUUGCAGCGUCGGAAGAUGAUUUUUACGCCUCUCGACCGACUGGAAAGAAGGCCACAAAGCCAGUCACCAAGACGAGAGCGCCUGCUCCGGCCUCGUCAAGCAGUCGACCCGCAGCUCCUUCUCAAUCGCUUGAGAACCUAUGGGAUGCGACCCGUCAGCCUGUCCCGACAUGGAGCACUGGAAGUACCUCAAUCCCAGCUUCACAGACUUCCGCUCCCGCUUCCCAUAAACCACCUCCGAGUCAGAUCAAGAGUCUAGAGGAGAUCGAAGCGGAGAUGGCCAAUGUCGCUGUGGACGACGUCCCUUCAACAGAUCCAAGCCGCAAAGUCUUAACAUUGGAAGAGAUCGAACAGCAGAUGAUGGAGACUGCAGAACCAGUUUCAGCCCCCGUCCCUCCUCCGCACGCUCAGGUGUCUGCCGCUGCUAUUCCCCGAGAGGCCACGCCCACUCAGACUCCCGGACUCGCAGGAUCAGGCUACGCGUCUCAACAAGCUCUGCUCGAUAGCAUGUUCCCUGAACUUGGCUCAGCCGCACCUCAAGGUCCCACAGCAUCCUUUGCCCCCGCUCCAGGUCAAGGGCCUAUCUCUGCGCAUCCUACCGAAGCCGAAAUGGCCAGAUACAGAGAGCUACAUGAUAGGUUGCGGGAGAAGAUUGCAAGCAUGGCCAAAUACAAUAACCUGAUGGGAUCGUCCGACAAGGAUUUUAUCACUCGUAUCCAGUUAUCACAGCUCGCCACUGCGGAUCCUUACACCUCGGAUUUCUACGCUCAAGUCUUCUCCACCAUCCAGCGGAGUCGAAUGGCAGCGAUGCAAGGAGCCUCGGAACCUGAUGGACCUAGCGUCGUUCAAUUCUCCUCGGGUCUUGGAUUCGGUGUUGGUGGACCCAACGCCAGUCGAUUCGGGAAAAUGGGUCAGAAUACAAUGCAAAAAUUGACAAGUCAAGUGAAGAAGCUUGUAGAUAAUCGCCAACAGAGGGCCAAUUCUAUAGCGGCAUUACAAGGUGCGCUUGGUAAAGUCACUCGAGGUGGAUCUACUGGUCCACGACCGGUUCUCGCUGUUCCCAUGCCUGCCCGUAACGAAGCUCGACCCGCUUCCGCUCUCAAUCAACAAUCUGGGAUCCGCCGUCAAGCGUUGACGAAGAAACAAGUCAUGUUUGCGCUCGAAGAACUGUAUGACUCAGUCCUCGAAUUGGAGCAGAAGCGUCGUGAUAUGCCGCCGCCCACGGCCAUGGAGGAGAUUCAACGGUGGAACGAUCAAUGCGGCAUGAUGUCUGAAAUCGUUUGGAAGCGGUUGAUGGUCAUGGAGCCUUUGGAUGUCAGCAAAGGUCAAAGACUGUUUAACCGUCUUUUGAGACACCUGUCUCACCAACAGUGCCUCACGCUCCUCACCUUGCUCAUUGCGACGUAUCCUCAACUCGACGUCGUGGCGCACGCCCCACCGCCUCCCGUCACCGACUCCUCCCUCCUCACUAAAGCGGAUCGAGCGGAUCGAGCGAGACGGGAGGCAGAGACCGAUGGGUUCUUGCACAACAUUAUCCCUGGAGUAGACAUGAUCAUCAACAGGUGCAGUCUGGCCUUGGUCGCUGGACUUCUGGGUCUCUGUUCUCAACGUAUGGAAGUGUGGAAAGUGGCCACAACACGGCCCGGUGUAGCGCUCUUCACCGCUCUCCUCUCGCGAGCUCAAUCCAUCAAGGGGAACCCCGUUCCUGAUCCGACCAACCCAGCUCAGUCUCAAGGCCCAGAAGCGACAGAAUUGGAUCAAUGGGCCCGACAAUACGCCUACUUUCUCCAGACACUCCUUCCUCACCUACCAUCGCUCUUCCCCUCGGCGGCUGCUCAACGAGCUGCUUUCGGCCCCACCGCGUAUCUGAUAGGAGGCGACAAGUUGUCCGAGAGAGACAGUAUCGAAAUGGAAAGAAGGGAUGCCGAGGUAUGGGGAUUCAUGGCUGCCCUAGCGGUCAAUGCGCCAGAGGAAGAACAGAUGAAUCUCGUGGCGGCUUUGAGGGAGAAGCUGGCGAGAAACCCAUCUACCCCGCCAGUCAAGAGAGACAUGAUGUUGCGAAACGUCAACAUGUUCUUGAAUGGUUUGUCAUUCAGGGUGGUCUCGACGUGUCCAUGAUCGAAUAGACGUGAAAUCCUGAGCCCACAAAGGCAAUCUGUACUCUGACCGGAGUAAGACCAUCUGAGAACUUUAACCGAGACUGUGUCAACAAUGAUGCACCAUUUUGUUCAUGCAUCACACAUUUGUCGAUGAUGUGAGAGUCGGCUCCGG